CUUUCAGAUGAAGUGCCUUCUUGCCCUCGCCUUGUUCGCCUUUUGUGCCUUAUCAGUCUCCGCUAAACUUCAAAAUGUUACUGUAACUGGUGUGGCUGUUUGCCAAAAGAAGAGACUAGCCAACCAACGUGUCCAGCUGUUUGAUAGGGAUACAUUGGACCCCAACGAUCUCUUGGCUGAAGUGCAUACCAACAAAGAAGGCGAAUUUCAGCUGUAUGGCGAGGAAGAUGAGGUUGGUAGCAUUGAGCCCUUCAUCCGCAUUCAUCACAGCUGCAAUGCUAAGCCUGGAUGUGUGCGCAUCAGUGACUACAAUGUACCUCAUGACAAGAUCGGUGGAGUUUACGACAUGACCUAUGUCACCUUGGACAUCGUCGUUCAUGGAGAGAAGGAAAAAUGCUCUUAAUCACGAUGCUGCUUCCCAAAUUAUGCCUUUAAAUGCUCAUAUCACCAGAGAUUACUAUAUUAUCUGUAAAUAUCUUUGAAUAAAACAUUAUCUUAUUUGGAUGGCAUCCUACAAAUUAUGAGAGUGUUUGUGAUUGUAUCAAUAAGAGAGGCAAGAAAUGUUCUGGCGAUC